AUGGCGUACGUCAGGACGCUGUUGCAGUCCGGGCAAUUCCCUUCGCCGGAGGUCAAGAGACGAGUAUGUCGGCGCCCAAGCACCUCAAUCCGGCCUCAACAGACUGUCGUUGCCUCAGAGUUUCUUUCUCCACAGAAGAGCAAAGACAGCAACAAUAGUGUUUGUUCACCUGUUAGACGUGUGUCUGUAGUGGCGUAUGACUCCCUGAGUGAGCUGAGAGUGCACCUGCAUAAUGACAGUUUGAGUACGUCAUCACUGGGAUAUAUUAUGCAGGAGUCUUCUUCAGCUACAAAUAAAGCGUCUUCCUCACUGGAGACGAUACGUCAUGCUAAUCAAAUCCCCAAGAGCAAUUCCAACAGGACCAAGUCCAAUGAGGAGCCAGAGGAAGAAAAAAGAAGGACUUGGAUGGCCUUCAGACUGAAGAAGAAAACAAGCAGAGUGAUUGUCCGUCGUGCCCAUAGCAGGGAGAAGACGACGUUGUCAGAACCCAUUGUUUUGUCCAGUGAGGACGACGAACUGGGUGAAUGUGAUGAGAGCAGACAGUCAGACCAAACUUUACCUGUGGAUCAGACACCUUAUAAAACACCAGGAGUAGACCCACAGCAGCAAUCCUUCCUGGAACUGGAGUUUUUAACGUUUCACACUGGCUUGAUGCAUACGGAUGCCAACGGGAAGAUGAUGAUUACAUCAAGUGGAAUUGUUUUCCGUUUUAAAGGAGAUGAAGGUGGCGAGGUCACUGUGGUUGCAUCACAAUUGCGUGGAUACGGUUUAUGUGAUGGCGGACUAGCUCUGGGUGGGACUCUGCUCGAUAAUAUUACUGGGCCAGCGCCAUCAUUGCUCUUCCUGUGGGUCACGGAUGCUCAGGCCAACUUGCUGCACAAAGAGAUGGCCUUCAUCCAGACAAGCAGUGCCUCAGGGGCUACAGGACCACCGUGUCCCAUACUUCUACUGGUGAUGACAGAGCAGCUGUCUGAGUGCAAGGUUGCACUGCUCACAUCUAUGUUGGAAUUGAAAGAGUUCAGACAAGCCUGCUCCCCCUCAGCAAAUGGACUGACCUCCCCACUUAGCUGGAGUGAUGUGCUACUAAUCAUCCAUAACUGCUGCACACCACUGGAUGAACACCUCCUUUAUCUGUUGGGACAGUCGCCAGAGAUGUCCAGUCCGCUUGAACAAAGAUCCAGGAAUCGGGAAGGUGUUCUGCAGCUGUCUACCAGGUUGAUGCAGUAUCCGGCACCUCCCUCCAAAGGCCGGAUCACGGUGACAAAAGAGGACUUGGCCUGUCUGGAAAGUGGCAAAUACCUUAAUGAUGUCAUCAUCGACUUUUACCUCAAGUACCUCCUUCUGGAGGGUGGUGGCCGCGACGUGGCUGAGCGAAGUCACAUUUUCAGUAGUUUCUUCUUCAAACAUCUCAGCACACAUCAAAUCUCCAGCAAUGACACUUCUGUAGUCCCAGAUCAGUACAUAAGGCACCAGAGGGUGAAGACAUGGACUCGCCAUGUUGACAUUUUCUCUAAAGACUUCCUGUUUGUGCCCAUAAAUAAGGAAGCUCACUGGUUCCUGGCGGUGAUAUGUUUCCCUGGUCAGGAAGGUGCUCGGUAUGAGAAGCGUACAAAAGGAGUCGAGAUCUUCAGUAGAAGAGCAGAGCAGCCACCGACAUGUACUGAGCAAGGCUGCAUGAGGGAGUUCACAUUGACGCGACCGUGCAUUCUGGUCAUGGACUCUCUGCAAGUGCAGCAGCAUGAAAAUAUUUCCAAGCUUCUGCGAGAUUACUUGCAGGUGGAGUGGGAAGAACGAAGGGGUCAACAUCGUGUCUUUAACUCCAAGAGUAUGUGUAGUUUCAGCUGCCGUGUUGCACAGCAGGACAACAGCAGCGACUGUGGUUUAUACCUGCUGCAGUAUGUGGAGAGCUUCUUUCAGAACCCUGUGGUGCACUUUGACCUCCCUCUGCUUUUGGGCAACUGGUUUCCGCAACAGCAAGUGCGACAGAAACGUGAAGAAAUCCGCUGCUUGAUAAUGAGACUCCACAAGAAUCAGUCUCAGGCUGAAUGA